CCCUCGGCGACGAGGCCAUGGCAUCGUGGUUGAACCUGGUGCCGGGUCAGAGCGUAGCUGUGUGGUAUCCUGACGAUGUGUAUUACCAUGAAAGGAUUCUGCUGUGGAGGUGUUCCGAUGAUCUCUGGAUGAUCUUGACGCCGGAUGGUGACAUGUAUGUCGAGGACCUCAGGUGUGCUGGAGGUGAUGGUCCCACCAAGAUGAAGAUCAAGGGCGUGGACUUCACUUACUGGAGCCGUGUCGGGGGCCGGGCAUACAAGUUUCGUGAGCAUCCGACGGCGGAAGAUUUUCGCGCCCAUGUGCGUGCCGCCCGUGAGGAACUGGAGGGCGAGCCCGGCUAUGACGCGUCUUGGCUACCGACUCAUGUUAUGGAUCAGAAGGGGGCCCUCGUUGAUGCCUCAGCUUUCUUGGGGACCGCCUUGGUGAGACGCCGCAUUGUGCGCAAGGGCCCUCUGGGGUCGGGGGCUCCGCCGGCUCCCGAAGGCAAACUGUGGCUAUCGGCAGAGCACUUUGGAGAUAGAACCAUAGGAGAUAUCGUCGACGUGAAUCCCUCGACCGACUUUGCUUUCGGAGGCCAGGUCGCGCAGGAAGAUGAGGGUGGAGACGCCCGUACCUUGUACCUUGACUUUGACAACCAGGGCACCCGGUACAAGUCAUGGAAGACGCUGGUUCAGGAAUGCAAGGAUUUCACAUACAGUGACUGGCCUCAUGAGGGCCCGGCCACCACGAUGCACAUGAUCAAGGCGAUGGAGCGGCAGGGUGGCGACCCGAAGGGCUGGCUUGAGAUUUGGUGUCUCAUUGAGGCACUUUGGCUCGGAGGAACUUUUGAUCAGCUCAAUCUCCCAGUGCUGUCGAGUUUUGAGACCCUUUCGCGCCGUGUCGCUGCGAUAGUGGAGGCCUAUAGCCAAGGGCCCUCAUCGGCUCCAGACUGGUCCAGCGCCAGACUCAUCACCGGGUACAAGGGCCCUGAAGACAUAGUCAUGCCUCAGCUUAAGACUUGGGUUGCUCGUCGCGGAAAGGAGGAAGCCGAUUUACAUCAGGCGAGAAAUCGUGUGAAGGAGCUGAGGCGAGGCACCCAGGUUGCUGACGAGGGGGCAGAUGCGGUUGCAGAUGGUAGUCUUCCAGCUGGCGCCAGACCAAAGCCGAAAGCCAAAGGCCCUCUGCAUGUUCCGCGCUACCUCUUCCUGUACCUGAGUUGGAGCUACGCCCGACCGAGCGAGUUGCUUCGAUGUUGCAUUGCCUGCCUGGUUGCUCCCUCGGCGAGAGUGACGGAGUACUGGAGUCUGGUGCUGAAUCCGGAAGAGAGUGGGAACCCCUCGAAAGUGGGAGAGUACGACGACAGCGGACUGGUGCAGGGAGCUGGAAACCGGCCGUUGUGGGACUUCGAGUACUCCGACUUUCUGAGCUGCUUCAACCAAGUGCAGAAGCGGGGUCGGUGGAAGAGCCACAAGAGCGUCGCCAGGUACGAGAAGAGCGGCAGACUGGCCAUGAACUUCAACUCACUGGGGUUCUACUUGAUGGACCUCUUUGCUGGGAGUGGCGGUGUUGCUAAAGCUGUCCGCAAGUUGGGGUUCACAGCGAAAGAGUGGGACCUGCUUUGGGGUGCAAAGUUUGACCUCGUGAAGCCUGAGGUGCUCAAAAGAGUACGAAGUGAUAUCCGAUCGGGUUACGUUUUGGGGGCCAUGCUGGCUCCGCCCUGCCUCAGUUUUUCAGCUGCACGUGACAGAGCUAGCGCCAUUCGCACAGCUGAGUAUCCGUGGGGGGUGCCAGACUUUUACUUGAAGCAAAAAGACCGGAACAGCCUGCACGAAGGCAACAGACUCUUCGAGAGCGUCAUCCAGGUUAUUCGCUGGCUUGAUGACCUUAGUCUGCCUUGGAUUCUUGAGCACCCGAGGUCUUCGAAAUGCUGGCUGUUGCCGCCGGUGCAGGCCUUACUGAAGUCCUCGCACACCUUUGUCGUCCACACGGAUAUGUGUCAGUGGGGCACACGUUGGAAGCGACCCACUACCCUGUUGACAGGCAACGUGGACUCCCAAAACCUUCAACGUCUACAUCGUCUUUGUCAUGGUCACUCCGGCGUUUGCAGUCGCACUUCAAGUACACACUUUGUUCUUUCAGGACUCGCCCCUGGGCAGGUUCCGUGGACGCAGGUUUCCCACGAGCACCCCAAGAAACUUUGCGAUGCUCUAGCCUUCGCUCUGACUGCCGUCUACCACGUCGACCCUCCCGCCCAGCCCUUGCGAACACGUCCUUUUGGGAAGUGGCUUGGGAGACUUUGA